AUGCAAGGUAGAUUACAGACUACAGCCAAUCUAGCAAAACUAGGGAUUAGCACUUCUGUUGAGUGUUUAAUAUGCAAGCAAGGUGAUGAAGUUCAUGAGCACCUAUUUUUCAACUGUCAAUACAGUCUGUUGUGUAUGCAAGGUCUUACUACAUGGCUUGGUAUUCAGAUUACUGGUACAAGUUUGCAGAAUGGGUACGUGGCAGCUCUGGUAUAUCUGAUCUGGAAAAGCAGAAAUCAAAGUUUCUGGGAAAACUUUGUGCCAGCAGUGCAUUCUGUUAUGGGGAGUUUGAAGCAAAUUGUGAGAGAUAGGAUCACAGUAGUCAUGAAUCAGAAAUUAGUUGUGUUUUGA